AUGGUAAAUAUGGUGGACCCCAGCCUCCCUACCUAUGGAUUCUUGCAAUCCAUCUCACUGAACACCAGGCUGCAGGACUGCUAUGUGCUCCCAGCAACACCCAUGCAGUCAGGAUGGGUGCAAUGCAGACCAGUGCCCCGCACCAGGUGCCACCUCUUGCUGGGAAGUGUCAGUAAAGAAAGUUCAAAGGAGAAAACAGGAACAGUCAGCCAAGAUCUUGAGGACAGAUAACGUCAAACAUGCAGCAGCUCCCAAGUGUUGUCUAGGGACAGUGGGAUGACAGCCUGGAAGAACUGGACACUGCUUCCUGAAACCCAAGAGGGACAGCAGUUGGAGGUCAUGCCAACCAUCCACGGCAUCCUCACCAAGGGUUACAAGGCUCUGCACCACACUGUGGUAGAGCCCAUGCUGUGAGAUCCUUCUGGAAUCCCCAAGAGGUACAGCUAGGGGCCAGGCAAGGCCAUUAAACAAAAGCUCUGGGAAGCUUUUCACAGUCAGCUGCCACAGGGGGGAGCUGGGACCUGGAGCUGGGCAGGGAGUGUGGCUGCUAUCACUGAAGAGUGGCCCAAGCUCGGAUGA